AUGCACACUGAGCGCGCUCUGUCACUGCUGGAGGAUUACUGCAGCAAGCUACAAAACCCGAGUGAGGUGCAGCUACGACUGGCCGUUGAGAAGGUCAUCUGUAUGUUUAAAAGCAACUUAUUCAAGGCACUGAUAGACAUACAGGAGUUUUACGAAGUCACGCUGCUCGGCUCCCACAUCGGCUACGAAGGAAAAAUCUCCGAGCUGAACCAUGCAGCUGAGUUAUGGGAGAAGAACAAUUCUUCAUCCGGCUGUCCGGAGAGCUUCCAGCAAGCCUCGGAGCUGGAAGCUCUCAAUGGCUCCAAUGGAUACACAACAAGUGAAGAUCCAAAUACAAAUAAUGCAUUGGACCCCAGUGCUGCGAAGAGACCGGAGUGGUUGAGGAAUGAGGAUAUGAUGCAGGAGAUGGCCAAGGACGUCAGACAUUCUACAAGAGUAGACUGA